CAAUGCAAACUACCGGCGAGAGUCCUUCUACAGCAACAUCCAGUACUUCGACAAAUCCUGACAUUUCCUCACCUUUGCCUUCCAUAAUCCCACCAAUGACCACUCACAUGAGUCAUACCUCUUCAAAGAGUCAAGAGUCAAGCACAACUCCUGAAACAGCCACCACCAUGAGCACAAUGCAAACUACCGGCGACAGUCCUUCUACAGCAACAUCCAGUACUUCAACAAAUCCUGACAUAUCCUCACCUUUGCCUUCCAUAAUCCCACCAAUGACCACUCACAUGAGUCAUACCUCUUCAAAGAGUCAAGAGUCAAGCACAACUCCUGAAACAGCCACCACCAUGAGCACAAUGCAAACUACCGGCAACAGUCCUUCUACAGCAACAUCCAGUACUUCGACAAAUACUGACAUUUCCUCACCUUUGCCUUCCACAAUCCCAUCAGUGACCUCUUCUGGAUUUAGCACAGAGACACCAUUCAAUCCGGAAACAACUCACUCCUCUUUCACCAGCAAUGAACCAACUACAAUGAGUGUUUCUACAUCUUCAAAACCACCGCUUACAUCUGAAACAACAUCAACAUUUGUAAGAACAACACCUAAUGAGUACACCACAGAGUCGACAAGUUUGAAUCCAACAUUUGUUACAACAAUUAUGUCCACUGAAUCAACAGAAUCAAACACGUCACCUGAAACUCUUACCACUGGGCUAACAAUGGAAACUACUGAAAAUACUCACUCCACAGUAAGCUUCACUUCUUCCACUAGUUCAGCAACAGAAUUGUACACAUCACCUGAAACUCUUACCACUGGGCUAACAAUGCAAACUACCGACAAUACUCACUCCCCAGCAACAUUCACUUCUUCCACUAGUAGAGCGACCCCUCGUACACCCACACCAGCCACACUUACGCCAGGAAUCACCAGUUCACCAACACAGUCAAAACCACCAUUUAAAACUAGCACAGUGGUCUCUACUUCAAUAAGUAUCCAGACUCAAACCUCUUACCCAGCUACAACCACAGAGCGGACAACCACAGAGCGGACAACCAUCACUAAGUCCACUCCCACAUCAACGAGUAAUUCCACGGCCACACCGUGUCGAGACGAGGACUGUCAGUGCUUGAUGGGCAUGUGCAUAUUCAGUACAGAACUCAGUCGAUGCCACUGCGUUUGCCAAGAAGGUAUCUUUGGAGAUACCUGCAACCUUGGACCAAACUACAUAUCUCCUGAUAUUGAUACCACAGCAAUACCUGAUCGAAAAGUAAAUAUUACUUUGGAUAUCAAGAUCCCGUUCUUAGAUGUUUUGAGCUCAAGAUCAAAUUUCAACGAUACGUUAGUGAAGAAGGUAUAG